AUGUCUGCCUCCUCGAUCGCGGCCUCUGGUUCAAAUAGUAGCCACCUGCGCGGGCGCAGCCAGAAUCAGAUAAAUCUUGAAAUUUGGGGAGGCCUUCGCCUGACCACGAAGGAAAAGCUUGUCUCGCCGCGUCCCCUCGAUGCGACUCAUAUUCUGGUCAUCCACCCUGCCCAAAGCCUGAGGCAUGACAGGGUAGGCCACCAGGAGACCAUUCGGCGUGUUCGUCGGAACCCUACAUUCUCCGAGGUCGUUGAACUUCCAGUCAACGACCUCCUUUUCCUCCUUAACGUGCCAAACCUUAUGGCACCACGAGGAGAGAGCUUCGCGUCCAUCCUUCCGCGCAGGCUGCACAAGGAACUGCCUCGAGUUCUGAUGGAGGUACCACAUUUGGUUACUUUCCCAGAGCUCGUGGGGUAUCUUCAUACGAAAAAUCAGGCAGCACUCUUCAGGAACUUCAUACCUGAGUGGAUGCGGGACAUCAUGCACCCCCUGCCACCAGUCCCUGGCGUUGUCCCUAGCACCAGCUGCGGUAGCUUCGGUUCUGGCUCCUGUACAGGCGAGGGUCGUCGUGUCCGAAAGCUGUUGGGCAGACUGGUGGGCAGAACUUCCUCUUCUUCAACCUUGAGUCUGAACUCUCCGGGAUCGAGUGUGAACUCUUCUUUGUUGUCCGCAGAGGAACCACCGUCUCAUUCGGAGAGGAGCCUGGCCUCGAUCGCAGUUGAGAUCGCGGAAGCUGCUUGGGACUUCAACGAGGAAGAACCAGGCUUCCUUGAUCGGGUGGCUGGUCUCCUAGAUGCCCUUCGCGACAACCUCAACCAUAUUGGUUACUUUGCGAAAAGCUUGUGGGACGAGCUUGAGAUCUGCCGGGAAGUCGUCCGCAAGGCUAUUUCUCAUCAGAGGAGUGCAACAGGUGAACGUUACCAGGAAGAGCUCGUACCUGCACCUUUCGCUUGA